ACAACCGGCAGAGAAUCCAUUCCACUUGCUUUAUUGCGAGCGGCUGCAUCGUCGCGGCAGCACGCACCUCGCCCGCCGUCUCGACUCGCACGUUAUCCAACACCGUAAAAUCGAGAAAAAAAAUAAAAACAAAAUACUGCCGAUAGCAUCGAUAAUGAAUUCGAUUCGCUCUGACCAGACGACGGACAAGUUUUGAAAAAGGAACACUGUUUACAAAACGCUUUCCUCGAUUUGCGUUCCGUACGCGAGUGAAUUGAAUAUAUCGAGUUAGUUCGAAACUAUAUCGAGUGUGUGUUCGGUAUCGAUGUUGGACGGAAGCGAGCGUCGCUAAGCUGAACUUGUGCUUCUGGAAGGUCAAGGAACACAGGUGGCGUACAGUUAUUCAUGCGUUGAUCGAUAUGAUCGCUUGCAGAUAUUUUUCCGAUGCUCCGAAUGAUUUAAUCAUCAUGUGCUUCAAGUUCCCCCGGUUAUGAUAUUCCCUAAAAGUAAAAUGUUGGAGGUUCCAGAUAAUGUAUCGGAAGCUAGCUUCGUGACGAGCGUCGAGGAAGCGGCUCGAGUCGACCAAUGCACGCAGACGCCCCCGUGCGGCAAGGCGCGCCCACGCACCUUGCAAAGGUACCACACUACCGACCACAUCUUCGAGCGCUCACACAGAACUCAUCGACUCAAGCACGAGUCGCGCCCAAAGAGUCUAGGGCUCACUGACUCCUAUCCCUUCAUUGCGAAGCCGCCAAGCUAUGAUUACCCAAAAUUCAAGGUCAGCGUGACUGACAGUCCCACGAUCUCGGUGACCCCACCCCAUAGCUUAGAAUACGUGUGUACGAAGGGAGGGACCAGUCCGAACGGUAGCGUGACUCCUAACGGCAUGGUGUCCAACAAGUCAGCUGCUACGGUGCUGCUGAGUCCAGGGUAUCUGCAGGGACAUUGUCAAUGUAACCAGUCUAUUAAAAGUGUAAGCGAGGUAGCACUAACGAUGCCGGUAUCCCCGGCAUGGAACGAGGAGUUGCCGCAGGGCUCCGAGGGGCUCUCGUGGCGGAGACUGCACAUGUCGCGUGCGAAGCUCAAAGCCACUGCAACCACCUCGGAACUGCUGUCAGGUUUCGCGAUGGUGGCCAUGGUGGAACUGCAAAUCAACGAGCCGACGAACGUUCCAGAAUGGUUGUUCGUGAUGUUCGCAGUGUGCACGACUGUCCUCGUGGCAGUACAUAUCUUCGCGCUCAUGAUCUCCACGUACUUGCUGCCGAACAUUGAUGCCGUCAGUAAGAUGGAGACGCCGAGGGCACCCGCGAGAGCGUUGAGAGACUCGCCACACGAACGCAUGAGGGGGUUCAUUGAACUGGCUUGGGCUUUUAGUACUGUUUUAGGUCUAUUCUUAUUCCUGGUGGAGAUAGCAAUCCUCUGCUGGGUGAAGUUCUGGGACUACUCGUUCGCAGCAGCCACGGCCGCCACUGUCAUCGUAAUACCAGUAUUAAUCGUCUUCGUGGCGUUCGCGAUUCACUUCUAUCAUUCUUUGGUGGUGCAGAAGUGCGAGACUUCGGACCAAGACAUAGAACAGCUGGAAAGCAUGAAAAGAGACCUCGACACAGCAACUGUCAAAGUAAAUAUGUUUUGACGUAACAGUGUUGGCAGCGGAUAAAAAGACAUUUUAAUUUUAAUGCUGGCAAUGUUGUCUGGGGAAAGCCCGCCUCAACGGUGAUAUUUUGCCCUAUUUUGUUUUUAGAGUAUUGAAGUUAUCACCAAUCGGCUAGUCCCAUGACGUAAAAGAUUUGUAAUGUUAUGGCGCGAAAAUCGGCAGCCAUAUUCUUUGUUGGAGCCUAAAAUUUGUGACCAGCCAGUAUGUAAUUUUUAAUUGUUUUAGGUACGGUUCUUUUGUAAUAAUUGUUCCCUGUGAUAAAUGUUCUUGAAUCUUUGAUAUUAUUUCUGUAAUGCUCCUGCUCCACCUGCGUUAGCGUUAACGUUAAUGUCAAUGGCCAACUACACGUUACUUAUUGCAUUAAAAAUGCGUGUUGGCUACACUUACGCAAAGAGUUAAUCCCUCAUGAAGUAACGCGUUAACAUACAUUAAAGAGAUUAAACUCAGACACACAAAAUAAUUCUAAAAACUAAAGCUUUCUCAUUUGACCAUUCCAUUAUCGUGCUCGUAAAAUGCAGUUACAACUUAAACAAAGUAUCUACACUCGUCCUUGCAUGCGUGCAAUGAGAUGGCAUUAAUGUAGCCAACAUCACUUAGCGCUCUAAGCUACGCACUAAAACCCUUUGAUGCGUCCAAAAAACCGACACCCGAGUUAUCGCUUAACGUUUAAUGCUAUUUAUAUUGCCAUUAGUAUAAAUUGACAUUAAAACGUUGGCCACAUCUGCGUAAUGCCAAAAUUUAACGCGUUAAGACGCAGGUGGAGCAGUAGCAUUAUGGUGUGCAGUGACGUGCGUGGCGAGCGAAGGUUUCGAAUAAAUGUAACAACGAUCUGUAAUCGAAUUAGAUACCGAUUUUUAUAUAUUACGAAAGUCAAAUGUUAUAUUUUCUCAAGUUAUUUCGAAGAGCCGUCAAUGCAUUAGUUUGUGGUAGGUAAUCGAAUCUAUGGUGGAAUCUCAAAAAAAAAUGGUUGGAUAGUUGAAUCCCCACUUAUUAUCUAACGUCAACUAAUAGAUGGAUUCAUACUUAUAUAUCUUUGUCUAUACCUACAUAAGGCUCUGUUUGAAUCCAUAUUAGCACGUUAGUCGCUCUUCCCACGCAAAUUACAAAAUCCAAAGUGCUAAUUACUGAUGAAGGUUUGUGGACACAUUUAUAAACCUAAAUAUAAAAAAGGAAAGAAGUUUCGCAAAAAUAUUGUCUAUUAUUACCCAAAUGAAUUCCUAAAACGAACGUGUAAAUAUAACGAUGUCUAAUAAGUAAAAUAAACGCUAAGUUAAGGUAUUGCUAUUUAUAAAAGUUCUUGGGAGUAUUAAAAUAUCAAAAGUACAAUGUGAAAAAGUAAAUUUUUACCUUAUGUCCAUUACAUAAGGUCCAAAAUUGUGUACUUUUGUUUGUUUUAUGUAAUAAUCUUAUGGUGCUGACUAUGUAACUGAUAUUCAGAUUAUUUGUCAAUUAAGAUCUUAUUUGUCUAGUUAUUUCAGUAAUAUAGUGUUGGAAUAUUAAAAAGAUAGGGUUUUUUUUUCAUAUUUCCACCAAAGAGUCUUCCAGAUUUUGAUAUAAUGUACAAUUAAAAGAAAUAAUUAAUGUGUAAAACUCAUGUAGGACCAACUAUGUAAAGUGAAUGUAUGUACUCCAAACUGUUGAACCAGUAUUUAAAAUAAAUUAAAUGAUGAGAAUUAUUUAUAAGAAUAUUUUAAGAAAAAAAUAAAUGAAAUAAUUAUGAUGU